CCCACGACGGUCACACCGCACAACUCGUCCGUACCUCGGCGGUCCGUAAACAAUAUUUACUCGGUUUUCGGCUAAAUCGCCAGAGAAACGCAACGGGAAAUCAUUUAAAAUGCGCCCAAGUGCACCGAGCUUAAACGCAAAAUGAAUUGAACAUUCUUCCAGUGCUCAACAAUCAGUCCAUGCGAGCACGCGGGUGUGUGUGUGCGCAGGAAAAACCGCCGAUCGGGAAAAGUGAAGAAAAGGCAUAGCGAAGCAAACAAAAGGCAACUUAGCGAGAUAACACACACGCGACGACGACUGCAACGGAUGCGCCAGGAGAAAGGCGACGAUAGUGACGGCGAAGGCGAGUGCGAGUGAGCCAGCGCAGCACCAAGUCAGCGGAGCACCCGCUUUUUUGGUCAAGUUCGCUUCUGGAGCGCACAGCAUGCAACAACUCCGCCAACACCAACACAGGAUGUGCGCAACUAGUUGAUCGGAACAGGAUCGCUCGCCCACACCACCACACAGAAGUCAAAGGAAGGGGAAGAACACACUCGCCAAAAACAUAAACACCACACAGCACGAUGAACACCAGCCAGACAGCUGCCGGCAAUCGCAUCACCUUCACCAGCCAGCCGCUGCCCAAUGGCACAAUCAACAUAGCCGGCAAUCCCGGCGCGGUCAUCUCCACGGCCCAGCUGCCGAAUACCACCACCAUCAAGACGAUCCAGGCGGGGAUCGGUGGUCAACAUCAGGGACUUCAGCAAGUGCAUCAUGUCCAACAUCAGCAGCAGGCGCAACAGCAACAACAGCAGCAGACGCAAUCCGUAGGUGCCACCCAAACUCAAACCCUAGUUAUUAAAUCCAACCACCAUGCUGUCACCCUGCCGGCGGGUCUAGUCUCAAGUGCACCAGCAGGAAUCGUAACCAUGACCAAGACCAUCAAUCAGGCCGGUCAGCCGCUGCUCAACUCAAUGCUGCCGGCAGGCGUGGUGGUGGGCAUGCGCCACCAGGCGCCGUCACAGCAGCAGCAGAAGAAUGUGCCCACCAACCCGCUCAGUCGUGUGGUGAUCAACUCCCACAUGGCGGGGGUUAGACCGCAGAGUCCAUCGAUAACUUUAAGCACACUUAAUACGGGUCAGACCCCGGCAUUGCUGGUCAAGACGGAUAACGGAUUCCAGCUGUUGCGCGUGGGCACGACGACGGGUCCGCCGACGGUGACACAGACUAUAACCAACACCAGCAAUAACAGCAACACGACAAGCACCACAAACCAUCCCACAACCACACAGAUCCGUCUGCAAACUGUGCCGGCUGCAGCUUCUAUGACCAACACGACCGCCACCAGCAACAUUAUUGUCAAUUCGGUGGCCAGCAGUGGAUAUGCAAACUCAUCGCAACCGCCGCACCUUACGCAAUUAAAUGCGCAGGCGCCACAACUGCCGCAGAUUACUCAGAUCCAAACAAUACCGGCCCAGCAGUCUCAGCAGCAGGUGAACAAUGUAAGCUCCGCGGGAGGAACGGCAACGGCGGUCAGCAGUACGACGGCAGCGACGACGACGCAGCAGGGCAAUACCAAAGAAAAGUGUCGCAAGUUUCUAGCCAAUUUAAUCGAAUUGUCGACACGGGAACCGAAGCCGGUGGAGAAAAAUGUGCGUACCCUCAUCCAGGAGCUGGUCAACGCGAAUGUCGAGCCGGAGGAGUUUUGUGACCGCCUGGAGCGCUUGCUCAACGCCAGCCCGCAGCCGUGUUUGAUUGGAUUCCUUAAGAAGAGUUUGCCUCUGCUUCGACAAGCACUAUACACGAAGGAGCUGGUUAUCGAAGGCAUUAAACCUCCGCCGCAGCACGUUCUCGGCCUGGCCGGACUAUCUCAACAGUUGCCUAAAAUCCAAGCGCAAAUCCGUCCAAUCGGUCCCAGUCAGACAACGACCAUUGGACAGACGCAGGUGCGUAUGAUAACGCCGAACGCCUUGGGCACGCCGCGGCCCACCAUUGGCCACACCACGAUAUCGAAGCAGCCGCCAAACAUUCGGCUGCCUACGGCCCCGCGUCUUGUCAAUACAGGAGGAAUUCGCACCCAGAUACCCUCGCUGCAGGUGCCUGGACAGGCGAAUAUUGUGCAAAUACGAGGACCGCAGCAUGCUCAGCUGCAGCGCACGGGAUCGGUCCAGAUCCGGGCCACCAGUCGUCCGCCAAACAGUGUGCCCACCGCGAACAAACUCACUGCCGUCAAGGUGGGACAGACGCAAAUCAAAGCGAUUACGCCCAGCCUGCAUCCACCCUCGCUGGCGGCCAUCUCUGGGGGACCACCGCCGACGCCCACGCUGUCUGUUUUGUCUACGUUGAACUCCGCCUCGACCACAUCGCUGCCGAUACCGUCGCUACCCACGGUCCACCUUCCUCCCGAAGCUCUUCGAGCCCGUGAGCAGAUGCAAAAUUCACUGAACCACAACAACAAUCACUUUGAAGCUAAACUGGUGGAGAUUAAGGCGCCCUCUCUGCAUCCUCCUCACAUGGAGCGGAUCAACGCAUCGCUCACACCAAUUGGAGCCAAGACGAUGGCAAGGCCGCCGCCCCCGAUCAGCAAGUCGAUAGGGAAAAAGAAACGCGACGCCAUGGAAAUGGACGCCAAAUUGAACACAUCGAGCGGAGCAUUGGCGUCAGCUGCCAACUCGUUUUUCCAGCAGAGCUCCAUGUCCUCGAUGUACGGUGACGAUGAUAUCAACGAUGUGGCCGCCAUGGGUGGUGUUAAUUUGGCGGAGGAGUCGCAGCGGAUUCUUGGCUGCACGGAAAACAUCGGCACCCAGAUUCGUUCCUGCAAAGACGAGGUAUUUCUCAAUCUGCCCUCCCUGCAAGCCAGAAUACGGGCAAUUACUUCGGAGGCGGGACUGGAUGAGCCGUCGCAGGAUGUGGCCGUUCUGAUAUCGCACGCCUGUCAGGAGCGACUGAAGAACAUCGUUGAGAAGUUGGCUGUGAUAGCGGAGCACCGCAUUGAUGUCAUCAAGUUGGAUCCACGCUACGAGCCCGCCAAGGAUGUGCGCGGCCAGAUCAAGUUCCUGGAGGAGCUGGACAAGGCCGAGCAGAAACGACACGAGGAACUGGAGCGUGAGAUGCUGCUGCGGGCAGCCAAGUCACGCUCGAGGGUAGAGGAUCCCGAGCAGGCCAAGAUGAAGGCGAGGGCCAAGGAGAUGCAACGCGCCGAAAUGGAGGAAUUGCGUCAACGAGAUGCCAAUCUGACGGCGCUGCAGGCGAUUGGACCUCGAAAAAAACUCAAGCUGGAUGGCGAAGCAGUCAGUUCGGGAGCGGGUUCAAGUGGCGGCGGAGUGCUAAGCAGCUCGGGAUCUGCGCCGACGACGUUACGGCCUCGUAUAAAACGUGUGAACCUGCGCGACAUGCUCUUUUACAUGGAGCAAGAGCGCGAGUUCUGUCGCAGUUCCAUGCUGUUCAAGACAUACCUCAAGUGAUCGCUGCUGUUGCCCCUCAAUCGCACCGUCUUCUCCUCGCCGAUCCUCCUACUCCGUGGACUGUCGUCGUUGUUGUGUAUUCAGCUUUACGAUUUCAUCCAUUUGCAAUAUAAUUUAGCCUCAAAUUUAACUGCGUCGCGUCUCCCCUGUUGUUUCUUUUUAGUUAGGCGGCUCUAUUUAAUUUCUAUUUUUACUUUUACUUACAUAAAUUCCUAAAUUCUAAUCGUAUUUGAUUUUAAGCCUAAUUUAAAGCUCGUUUAUUUUCCCAAUAAAUUGUCUGUAAAACUUAAACCAAACCAAUCCAAAAACAAAACAUAACCAGAGUAACGUAAACUAAACGAAGAGAAUAAAAUAAUAGAGAGGAAAGUAAAAGAAAAGAGAACGCGCAGUCAGCGGGCGUUUGAUUUGUAAUUUGUAACAUAAUAAUGUUUGCAUCAACUGCAUUGACGGCCUUAUCUAAACGAUAUAAACAUAAUUAUUAAUAUUUAAAUUUUUAGCUUAGUUUGUUAAACGAAAACGAAGCAUAAAUCCUAGAUAUUAAGUAAAAAGAAAGCGCGCGCGCGAAGAGAAAUCGAAACCGAAUUACAGAUAAAUGGUUUUUAAAACCAGAAAACCGAAACAAGUUCAGCAACAGCAAAACAGAAGAACACAUCAAAAACAGAACCGCAAAAAAUAUCAAUUUAAACAUACAUUGAAUUAGUUCUAGUUGUUUAAAAAAGUAAAAGAUGUAAUUUUUAAUUACCUAUAUUGUAUAAACGGAAAUCAAUCGUUAGGCAAGACCACUACAAACCCAACAAAUUGUAAAUACAUGCUAGGCUACGAUUUUUCAAAUAGAUAACUAGGUAAAAACGCAAACGUAAUUAACAAAUUAUCGAUGGCUAGGAACGAUGCGAACGCAGACACCUUGGCACACCGAGAUAAAAUAUGUUUUUAAGAGUGACGCUCGUUCAUCCAUCAAGAAACACGGUUCUUUAGGCUUCAUAGAUCCGUAACUCCCCUAAUCCAAUCUGGACUACACACAAAAUAGACAAAUUUUAUACAAUUAGCCCGAUAAAUCUUGUAAAAUAAAGUCCCAUAAAAAAUAUAACAAA